AUGACAGCCCAGAUCCUGGCGGCGGAAUUGGCGAAUCUGAUCUCGGAUUCGAAGCGCAAGAACACAGAGCUUCGAACGGCUGCGGAGAAGGCGUUGCAGGAUCUCAAGUCCUUGUCCAAUACAUCUGAGGCUCAGCUUUCUGCAGAUCUCUCGAGACGACCGCACUUUUGCUCUCCAUUCCUGAUUGCCUGCGGCACUCAUAAUGCAAAAUUCACCUCGACUGCAGUCUCUUGCUUACAGCGUCUGAGCGUCUCACGGGCAUUGCCAAGAGAAAGAUUGUCUGAGGUUCUUGAAGCCUUCAGAGAAUCUGCAGCAUCAAGUCAUGAUAUCCAAUUGAAGAUAUUGCAGGCAUUGCCGUCCUUGCUGCAGAACUACCCUUCUGAAAUUCGUGGCGAGCUCCUCUCCACAGUAUUGCAGAUAUGCUCGGGCUUGCAGAAUGCGAAGAAUCCUGCGGUCAGCAACACGGCAGCUGCCACUUUGCAGCAGCUUGUCAUAGCCAUUUUUGAUAGAGUCACAGCAGAAGAUGGACAAGCUCUUGAGAUACCGACAGUCACCGAAGUUAAAGGAGAUGACGGCCUUAUCCCAGUCAGACCAGCGGCGAACGAUGCGUACAAGGUGUUCAACGACCUCAACCUUCUGGUAACGGGAGAGAAGCCAGCUUUCAUCCGUUUUUCGACAAUACCGCCUGCUUCAAUACUUGAACUCAUCGAAGCAGUUUUGUCCAACUACGGACAAAUCAUGGUGGAGCAUACAGAGCAAGUGUACAUUCUGCGGACACUCUUGAUGCCUCUCAUCAUACGUUCGCUUUCAGAUCGCCUGUCAUUCCCAAUCAUUGUGCGUAUCAUUCGGAUACUGAACCUGAUCAUCCGGAACCACUUGACCAUUCUUCCUUCUGAGUGCGAGAUUGCACUUGGACUGCUCAACCAUAUGCUUGACCCAGAAGCCUCACAACUCUGGAAACGCGCGCUCUGCCUUGAGGUCUUCCGUGGUAUUUAUGCUGACUCACGGCUUCUACUGGCAAUUUACCACCAGUUCGACGCACAAGAUGGGAAGAAGAAGAUUUUCGGCGACAACCUAGCAUCUUUUGUGCGACUGGCGACAGAAAAACCUGCGCUCAUCGGCCUUGGCCAACAGUCCACCGCUCCAAUGAGCUUUGUUGAUGAUAGAAUUGCGGCUUCCGAGCAGGCCGCGGCUGCAGCAGGUGCAAUGGCCGGUGACAUUGGCGGCCCUAUCAGCGAUCGCAGCAGCAGCAGUCGUCCGUAUGGGAUCAGCACGCAGUGGAGCUCAAUGAAGACGCCUUGUAUCGAUCAACUCGACAAGUCGGACCCGCCUGUCCUUCCCGAUACGUACAUAUACAGCUUGGUGUUGACUUGCAUCACAAACAUCAGCGAAAGUCUAGCAAAAUUCGUGUUACCUCUAACAGUACAUCAUGACAUCAAGAGCCGGAGAAAGACCAAGACAGACGAUCCAGCUGCUCUCGACAGCGAAGAGACACCUGCAGAUGAAGGUGGACAACGGCUCUCAAGAACACAGUCGUUCCGCAAGAAGACAAUACCAGUCAACCCGCUCGACCUUAGCGAUCAUCCUGCAUACGCAUACAUACAAACAUCACUGACGCUUACGACCGAGUGCUGGCCUGCUAUUCUCGCAACAUGCUCGACAUUCCUGAAUGCUUCGUUAGACGUAGAGUAUUAUCGCGCCUUGGUUCGAGCAAUUCAAAAGUUCACACAAGUUGCUGGUCUUUUGAGGAUGGCGACGCCUCGCGAUGCCUUCCUCACUACAAUGGGCAAAGCAGCUAUUCCCUCGAACCUGUUACUAGCAAACGUGUCUUCGCCGAAGGCGGCUGCGACCGACCAGACAGGCAUGUUCAACAACGCGAAAGGCCUACUGAGCGUAGACAGCCUUGUAAGUCAAGCAUCUUCAGCUUCAACAGAACAUAAUCGUCGCCCUUCGCACGACGUUCAGCUUCCUUCGUUGGGGCCUCGUAACUUGCUGUGUCUACGAGCCCUCCUCAAUCUCGCGAUUGCAUUAGGACCAACUCUCCAGUCUGCGUGGUCCAUUGUGUUUGAGACGCUCCAGGUCGCCGACCUGGUGUUGUCGCUCUCCAAUCACAAUGGCGGUCGUUCAACAGCACAAUACGCCGGGCCGGAGGGUGCCGCUGAGAAGAUGGAAGCGGAAACUGCAGCAGUGCAAGCAGCAGCCCGGAGACUCUUUGAAAGUACUGUCGACUUUCCAAACGAUUCAUUCUCAGAGGUUUUGCAGGCGCUUUGCGCUCUGCUUAACAACUCUUCGCCAAUAGAGAGCGGCCAGAUGACGCCCACAACAGCCGGGCGGCCACAAAUCCUUCACCAGCGAAGACUGGGAAGUGUAUCUGGCAUAUCUUUGAACACGGGGGCCAACUCCCGCGACGCAGCCUUUGCCUUAAACAAGAUCGGUGAGCUUGCUGCUCUGAACGAGGCUAGGCUAUCCCAAUACGAUCCCUCGGAAAGUGGCUGGGACACGUUCGUCAACGAAAUCGUCCGUUUCUCUGCCGAUGACCGCAAAGCACCAUCAUCUAGACUUCUUGCGGCUGAUAUAUUGUCGAGGACUGUCAGAGAAAUCGCAGAAAUAUCUAUGUACGACGAGCAACGUGAACAGAUUCAAGCACGCAUCCUUGCCACCCUACAGAGACAGAUUACGGUUCUACGGCUAAACGAUAUUAAAACAAAGGACGUCCACAGUGACACCGACAUUCGAGUACACCAAACAGCCCUCGAUGCUCUGAAGAACGUGAUCGAGCAGUGUGGUGAGUCACUCGUUGCUGGGUGGGCUUCUGUUCUCGACAGCCUGCUUAGUGUGUUCCUGCCCGACGACGAAACACAUGAAGGUGAUAGGAAAACUUCAGGUGGACCAGCAUAUCGAAAGUACGAUUCAAGGGUAGUUCGCGUUAUCUCAAGGUCACUGGCUCGAUCGGCAUUUGCAACAGUUCAGCUCGUCUGUUCAGAUUUUCUGGCAUCUGUUCCAGACGCAUGCCUAUCUACGCUGUUAGAGCUUCUGCUCAACUUCUGUGGACAGCAAGAUGAUCUCAACAUGUCCCUCACUGCGAUAACGUUUUUUUGGAACGUCUCGGACUUUUUGCAGUCUCGCAGUGACAUUUCCUCUCUUCCGAAUGUCAUAGGAGAUGUCCUAAAGUCAGAGGAAAUCCGCGCUCUUGUCAAGACGAAUUCAAAGGGAGGUAACACGCCUACGUUAUGGCUCCAGGUAUUACUCGACCUGUCUACGACUACCACAGACAAGCGCGCGGAAGUCCGAAACUCGGCCGUACAAACGAUCCAACGCAUCUUCGAAAACUACACAGAUCAGCUCUCAUCCGAUGCAUGGAUGCUCUGCCUUCGUGCAGUGUUGUUCGAGGCCAUUGAGGCGAACCUGGCCGCUCAGAAGAAUGUUCGACAUGGCUCACACAACACGGCUAACGACAUCGAAAGCUGGAAUGAAACCACUAAAACCGUCCUACAAAGCGUUAGUACUCUUACUACGAUGCGCCUGCAAAAGAUCGAUGACACUUCCACAUUUGGUGGAGCUUGGACAGAUCUCCUGGAUCGUUUGCAACAGUACUUCGCCUUUGGCUCACACGCUUUAGGAUCCUACGUCUUCGUGACGAUCACUAGUAUGCUUUCAAACCUUAACAAUGCGCAGGUCUUGGGCGCGUCCUCUCUGCAUAAGACUGCUGUCGUCUGGACAAGUUACCUAGAUUCGCACAAUACAUGGGGAACGGAUCCUGGAGACAACCAAGAAGCUUUCGUGGCUUUUGCAGAUGCUUUCAAAGCAAUCUAUCGACUAGCGGGUCAAAGCAUCGACGCGGAUCUACCUUCCAUGUUGUCUCACCUGGAGACCUGUGUUAUGGAGUCGGAUGCUAUUGCCUAUUCAUCAGACGUUGAUGCAAUGACACCUCUCCAGACUAGUGUCUUGGAGUGUCUGUCCAUUGUUGAUACUACAGAGGCCAGUCUUCCUUCAUACAUGAUCGGAUUGCUUGGUCGUUUUAGCGUGCUGCCUUACACCUCGGGGGCACGACAAUCUGAGAUACGGGGACCUACCUUCGUCGCACUGUCAAAGACUUCAAUGGCCAUGCUCCAAGACAUUAUUGUCAAGCACAUUGGACACAGACAGAUUUACACAGACGGUGCUUUCAGUUCAGCCGUGACAUAUCUAGCACGACCCAUCCAAGAAAAAUAUGCUUGGCAGAAAGAAGGCAAACCUCCAACAAUUUGGCGGAAAGCUACGACAACUGCUAUAGCUAUCCUCCAUGCGGGCCUACCGCAGCUCGAGGCCAAUCAGAUCACCGGUCAAUCGCUCAACAAUAUCUGGACCGCAGUAGUCGAUAUUGCCUAUUACAUCACACGCGCUCAUCAUCUGAACCCAGACGUACCUCCACCGUCGCUCGACCAGGACGAAGAGUUUGACAUUAAAUCAUUCACAGAGCUCCGUCAACUGAUCACGACACCUCUCAACGCUCCUUCGCUACCCGACAGCCUUCGCAGAGCAUACACGCGCAAUCUCUUCUCUGUCUCUCUCAUUCACACACCCCUGCAAGGCGAGCUCUCAGACCUUGCAAGCACACCGCUCAAUGACCUUUACAAGAUAAGACUGGGACAGACAGCUGUUCUUCCAGCAACGCUUCGAACGAAGAUGAGCUAUACAUGUAUUUCUGAGCUCUUCAACCUCGUCAGCGCUCAUGAUAACAGUAACCAAUGCGUUAAGCUCGCCCAGGCAGCAGCCCCUUACCUGAUCUUGCGCGCUGCCGUGCCGCUUAAAACCUAUGUUGCAGACCAUCCUCUUCGGGGGCGUAUGCCAGCUCCUGACUCGCAGCGCAAAGAACUUCUCCAAGUGCUCAGCAAGCUCGAGGCGUUGGAGAGCGAGCCUCUGGCCAUUCCUGAUGCACCAGGCGUAAAGAGCAAACAUCGAAAGCACCUUCAGAGGCUAUACCCAUUACUCUUGAAGGCAAUGAGAGUCGCGAGACAUGAUCAUGAGGUUUUUGAGAAGUUGGUCGCGUUGACUGAGAUAGUUGGGGACGAGUUUGGUAUGGAUGAUGAGUAG